UGCGCAUUGUCGCUUCGAUAUGGCGUAGCAGUGCCGCGUAGACUCCACAGGGAGCGCUACGUCUAUGCGCUACGAAACCGCGGAAUUCGAAAUUAACAUUGUACGUGAUCUGUGAACUGUGUUUAUUUAAUUUGUAUGGAUAUUUAAUUCGUGUUUUGUGCGAGACUGUACAUUUGUGGGUUAUGAAGAUAUUGUAUAAGGUCAACAAUGAGCACACUAUGACCUAAUCGAUCAUGACGUGUCCAUUCCGCCGUGCUUCGUCGCAGCACCAGUUCGCUAAUGGCGCCGGUAGGAAGCCAGAGUUCAGGUCAAGGCAAUCCUCUGUGCAUCUGCCAACGGAAGAAGAGGAUGGUGAGAGCAACACGCUCACCUUGAAGCAUUUGAGUGAAGCUCUGAAGCUCCUGACUGCUCCUACUAACGAAUGUCUCCACGCUGCGGUGACGUCACUGACAAAGAACCAAGCCGAGCACUACGACAAAUAUAAUUGCUUACGAAGACUACCAGAUGACGUUCGGACAUGUAGAAAUUACGCAUAUUUACAAGAAAUAUACGACGCGGUACGAGCAACUGAUAGUGUAUGCACUAAGGACUUCAUGGCGAAAUUAGGGGAAUAUUUAAUUUUAACAGCGUUUUCACAUAACUGUCGUUUAGAGAAAGCAUUCAAAUGUUUAGGUACUAACUUGACUGAAUUCCUCACUACAUUGGACAGCGUUCAUGAUGUAUUACAUGAUCAGGACGACGUGUUCAAAGAUGAGAGUACAGAUACAGAAGCGGCAUUCGUUUGUACAUCGCACGCGGGCAAUAUCCAACUGCAUCUGACGACCGAAAGUGAACCCGUGGCUUACAUGCUGGUUGGCAGCUUGCGAGCGAUCGCCAGACGCUUGUACGACACACAGGCGGAGAUAAGACUGAUGAGUUAUACUAAUGAUCCUAGGAGGUUUAGAUACGAAAUAAAUGCCGUACCACUACAUCAGAAGUCAAAAGAGGAGAAUUGUGAAGCCCAGAGCGAAGCGGUGUCGAUUGCCACAUCCACCACUGCAAGCGAUCUGAAGAUCGGCGUAGCAUCAUUCUGCAAGGCGUUUCCAUGGCAUUUUGUUACUGACAGACGUCUGGAAUUAGUUCAAUUAGGAGCUGGAUUCAUGCGCUUAUUCGGGUCCCAUCUAUCAUCACACGGGUCUGCUCUCAGCACCUACUUCCGAAUGCUGAGGCCGCGGAGUGUGCCCCUGGACUUCCGCGAGAUACUGAAACGCGUGAACACACCUUUCAUGUUCUGCCUCAAGGUGCCUGGUUCAGGGUCAUUGGCUGAGGGUCUCGAGAUAAAGGGUCAGAUGGUGUUCUGUCCGGAGUCGGAUUCCCUGCUGUUCGUGGGGUCCCCUUUCUUGGAUGGACUGGAGGGGCUCACCGGGCGAGGUCUUUUCAUCUCCGAUAUUCCACUGCACGAUGCAACCAGGGACGUGAUUUUAGUCAGCGAACAGACCAGGGCGCAGGAUGGUCUCCGGAAACGAAUGGACAAACUGAAGAAUUCGAUAGUGGAGCUCAGCAAAUCCGUAGCUAAAGAGAGAGAGAAAAACGUCAGUCUUCUGCAUUUGAUAUUUCCACCACAUAUUGCUAAGCGACUAUGGCUGGGUGAAGAGAUAGAAGCAAAAAGCCAUGAUGACGUUACGAUGCUGUUCAGUGACAUAGUGGGUUUCACAUCAAUCUGCGCAACCGCCACUCCCAUGAUGGUCAUCGCCAUGCUAGAAGACUUGUACAGUGUCUUCGAUAUUUUCUGUGAAGAGCUGGAUGUUUAUAAGGUGGAAACGAUAGGCGAUGCAUAUUGCGUCGCGAGUGGACUACACCGUAAGAUUGAGACGCAUGCGCCGCAGAUUGCAUGGAUGGCCCUACGUAUGGUAGAAACUUGCGCUCAGCACUUUACUCACGAGGGAAAUCCCAUCAAGAUGCGUAUAGGUCUGCACACUGGGACAGUUUUGGCCGGUGUUGUUGGAAAAACAAUGCUGAAAUACUGCCUUUUCGGCCACAACGUGACUCUCGCUAACAAGUUUGAGUCCGGAUCUGAACCUUUGAAGAUUAACGUCAGCCCGACUACUUAUGAGUGGCUAAUAAAGUUCCCGGGAUUUGAGAUGGAGCCCCGUGACAGGUCGUGCCUCCCGAACUCGUUCCCGAAGGACAUUCCGGGAACAUGUCACUUCCUGCACAAGUACGUUCACCCCGGGACUGAUCCUGGCGCGUCACAGGUAAAACAUAUACAGGAUGCUCUCAAAGACUUUGGCAUAGGACAGGCUAAGCCAGCGGAUGUGGACUCAGAAGAGCCAACAUAGUCGUUUAAUAAAAAUCCCAAAAGUUUAUUUUAAUAUUUUAACAUUCCAGAAUUGUUAAAGUGUUUCAUUGCGAAUUGUAAAUAGCCACUUAUCCUAAUUAUUUUUAAGAUAACCAUGUUCCAAACUUUUUAAAUGUUCCAUCGUUUAUGAGGCUUUUAUUGUUUGUGGUGCUUCAAUUUAGGUUUAAAGGCGCUAUUUGGUAACGUGUGUGAGUUUAUACGUAAUAAAUUACUCUAUGCUUACUUAAAACAAAUGAUUUUUAUCCUAACCUAAAGUACUCCUAAGCCUUAGACAGAGAGAGAAAAUAACUUUAUAUCAAGUUUAAACAAUCACAGCAGUUAAAAAAGUGUAAUUUUUUUUAACGUACAUUAUGAUAAACAUCUCAACUUGAUUAUAAGCGCCUUUAAUCAAAAUAUUGUUAAAUCAUUGUUAUAUAACAUAAUUCAAUACUGCAAUUAAUUGCCAAUAUGUAUAAGCAAAUUAAUAGUAGUUUCAAAUGAAUUACAUCAAAUACUUUAGAAAGUUCGUUGUGAAUUUAUUCAAACCGUGCUGAGGGAAAUAACUUUAACAAUUUGAAAUAGAUUUGUCAAAAUUCCUCUAUAAACUGAUUAUAAAACUUUAUGUUCUCUCUAUGUAUUUGAUUUAUUAUAAUAAGGCCCUGUCUAAAGAGAAAACAAUUUAAUGUUUUACCAUAUUAAAAAAAGUUGAGACUUCUGAAAACUUUUGAACCGAAGAAAAGAAGCCUGUUCAAUCGCAAAUAACUGCUUGAUAUAUUUUUACUUUUUCAUUAAAUUGAUAUUUAUAAUUGUACUUACUGAACUUCAGACAUGUCUAGAUACAAUUAAUCAUCUUAUUUAUUUUGUAUCACUUAGAAUAUUGCAUAAAUUUUUAAUAAAUCCGCAACAUAUAUCUGUAUAAUCUCUAGAUAUACUUUGUAGAUAUAAUAUAGUUAUCUAAAGCUUUACAAUUAAUCGUAAGGACAUGUACAUAAUGUGACUCCGGGAUUAUUACGACUUAUAAAUUAAAUUCGCGGUAGAUUGUAGCUUGUAACAUUACCUAGAUUGACCUAGUUAUUCUAAGUAGUCAAAUUCAUAUCAUCAUAUAUUAAUCAUAGAAUCUGUUAUCGCAUUUUUAGGUACUGUAUUCGUAUAAAUACUUUUACGAUCAGUCCGUUCAUUUUUAAUGUGAUGCCUUAAAAUGUUUUACGGCAGAUCAAGCAAAGGUCCACGUGGUCACCACCACACAUCUGGUCUUACUGGUGUAUUGUCUGCAUUUAAAGACUAAAACGCUUGUUUUUUGAAGGUCUCAAUGUCUUAAUUGUACGAGAACACCGCAUGUGGUAGAUUGUUCCAAAGAAAAAUAUCACGAAUGAAAGAAAAAUAUCUGUAUUUCGCUAUUGAUAUCUAGUAUUGGUUUUCUAACUUUUGCAAAUCGAAGCCUUAUUUUAUAGGAGUUUAAUAAGAAAGUUAUUGGAAGUUUUCGAAGUAAUUGUAUAAUUUUCUUUUGAAAGUAUAGGGAGGUAGAUGGAAUUUACGACGUUUUUUCUCUAUAUGAUAACAAUAAAAUACAGUUAUUUGGCAGUCUAAGAUUCUUUUAUAAUGUAUUAUUUAGUGGACCAUUUGUAGUUUGUUAUUUCUCGCUGGAUAUAAGUGAUUUCAUGGUUAUUUAUUAUUGACAUGCGAAAGCUGUCUGCCUAUAUGUCUUUUCUUCACACCUAAACUGAAUCUAUUUGCAUGAAAUUACGUAGUGUGAAGUUUUCCAGAUUUAAUGUCAUCUAUUUACAUCUAUUACUAUCGGUUCAAUGAUAUUCGUAAAUAUAUUAAUAUAUAUGAAAUAGUAAAAGCAUUUCAAUUGACUCAUAAGGAAAGUGUCAAUACCCUUCCAGAAUUUUCUAGAGAAAGAUUCUUCGAAAUUGUUAUGCGUAAAAUUCGACAAAUCGGCUUAAAAAUACAAUUUAUUUUCCUUUCCCUCUCAUUCAUCUACAUUUUCGUCAUAUUUUCCCGUAAACGUCUACAAAAUAUGGGCUUAUCGGUUUUAUAGUGUACAUAUAUUGCUAGCCCUAUAUAAUGUUAUAAAAAUACUGAACAUAUUUCAUUACUUAUAAAUAAUUCUAUAUGAAAAUUUAAAGGGAAGCGUACGUUCUAAAUAGUUAGUGCUUUAAACCUCAUAGGGUCACUAUAGAAUUUAAUCUUUAACGUGGUAAAAAUACACCCACUUAUAUCUCCUUACGUUAAACUGUGAUAUUGUAAUCACAAUAAUAUUAAGAUGUUUCGUUAAGUAUUGUUAAUAUUCAUUGAUUUAUUUAUUUCAUUAUAAUCGUAAAAGUCGUUUUAUAAACCAUAUUAAACAAGACUUAAUCUAACAUUUCUGUUUUCGUAAAUAAUUAUAUAUUUUCACAUAUCUCAAUAUUCUUUAUAUUUAAGGCUGAUUUUUCAAUCGUUGGUUGAAAAUAUCCGAUCAAUACAACGACAUUACACAAUUAUAUUGAAAUGACAACUGUUUAAUGUUAAAAGAGAUGCAGUUAACACAUUUUUAAAAUGGUUAUCUAUUACAAUAUUUAACGUAUACGUUUUAACCAAGGAUUAUGUAAUCAGCCCUUAAUGUCUAGUCAUAUAAAAAUAUCUAGUCCGAAAAUUAGAAAAAAUGUAAAUACGUAGUUUUUAUUAAUAGGUGAGUAAAACUUCUGUGAUUAUUAUUUAACAUAAACUAAAGAAGAUACCAUCGAUUCUAUAUUACUUUGUUAUAUUUAAGUAAUUUUCGAACUGUUGAAAAAAUUAAAUCAUUUAAUAUCCGACACACUGAAUAACGAUAAUUUAAGACCGCUGAAAACCACUUUUGAAUUCAAGCAACGAGUUUAAAUUUAUUCUGAUUUGUUGGAGUUUAAAGAAAUAAUUUAGGCAUAAAUAUUUCUCAUAAUAUUGUGUCGAUGUAAACAUAAGAAUAUGCCUGUAGAAAUUAUUAAAUUGUGCUUUGUACAUAAGCGAGAUAUUUUGAUGAAUUUAUUCCAUGUUCUAAAUUGUAAUUAUAAUAGAAGAUUGUUUAAAUGAAUGUUUAAAGUGGGACAAUGUUCACUCAAUCUUCACUACGUAUAUUUAAUUCUUAAAUAUUAUAACAUCAACACAAAAAUUGCUUGCGAAUAAUUCGUUUUUAAUUACAAAAUACAUACGUGAAUUACAAUUCGAAUCCAGAAAAUACCCUAAGAAUUGUCUCGAUCGCUUAUAUUAUUUAUUUAGUUUAUUUAUAUACAAAGUAGUGAACAUUGUGGUACGUCUAUACUAAAUUAGACCUACUUAUGCCUAUUACUACCUACCUAUUAAUGCCGAUAAAAAUUACAAAAUGUUUUUAAAUCGCUUCCAUAGACGUGUGAGUAGCUUAAUCAGAUUCGAUCAUAAACAAAUAUUUUUACAAAUACUAUUAUUGUUGAUUUGUUAUUAUUUUAUUGGAAACUUCUAUGUGUAUGUAAAAAUUAUGCUAUAAAUUGCUUUAUUAUUCGAAAUUAAUAUUUGUGAAAUUAUACUCGAUAUAUAAGCAUGCAGCUUUACAGUAACAUCGUAAUAAAAAUUAUUAAUCAUUUUUAGACGUGAAUCUAAUGACGAUUAGAUAUAAAUAUAAACCUAUUGAUAAUUUUGUAAAUAUUCGCAAUGUCUAAAAUAACGAGGCAUUUAUAGUCUAUGAUUUAGAAUAUUAUGUACAUGGAUGUAUAUCUUGCGAUUUAGUACAUAGCCUAAGAUCACGGCCUUCUUCAAAUGUAUUUAGUGUUUAGGAGUCGACACGAAACACCGAAAUUGUUAAGCUGUGGUUAAACUAAAAGGUCGGUCAAUUUUAACAUAAUAGUACUAAAUAUUUGAUCAUUAGGUUAAUUUAUUAUUUUAAGAUUUUGUCAUAUUUUUAUUGACACGUCUUCUUACAUCGAUUCCUUGGUAAAAAGAAAGUUGUCGAUAACAUCAACUUCUAUUAUCAUUACUUUGAUGAUUUAUAGUAAUUAUACAAAGUACUAUAUAAAAUUAAAUAGUUUCGAAGAGUAGUCUAAAACAAUGAUGUUACACUCUGUCUUUAUUCUUGUUACCUUCUGCUAUCUCACAAUCUAUGCAUUCUUUCACUUAAUUACAGAGAAUCUUUGGCACUUGAGGGUUUGGCCUUUAAAAUAGCACUUUUAUAUCUAAAUGUGUUACCAACCAUAAAAAAUAUAAUUUUAUAAACAUUAAAAACAACAGAAACGUUGACAAUUUCAGUGGAAAACUUUGCGAACCCUACUAAAGCACCACUUUAUCAAAGAUAUAGUAAUAGGUAACUGCAAUAACUCUCUUCAUAUCUUUCAUUUCCCAACAAAAGCUGGCAUUUGGUAAUAAUGUUGAUAUUUCCGUUGGUAUUUACUUAAUAUCGAUGUUGGCUGAAUGCCCGAUUUCCUUUGGUCGAAUAUUUUGUCAUCUUUGAAAACCUUUUAAGGUUAUAUUCAU